GCCAAAGCGCUGAGCCCAUACACAGCGAGACUGAUUUCAUGGCGCGGCGGAGCGACUAAUCCGGAACAAUAGUUCGCUGGUCCUGCUUGGAGAGGGACCACUCAUUUCGUAGUAAGCACUCGCACAGGUCUGGUCAACGAGUUGGUGUGGAAUAUCAUUUCUCUGGAUACAUUCGCAUUACAUCAAAGAUUCGUGGGAACAGAAUAUCAAUUUGACGCAAGUAUUCCGAGAGCACAAUGGCUGAUAGAGACGCAACGACUAAUUUCUCUGCCGACUAGAAAGUCUCUUUCUACACCAUGAAACUGACAGGGAAAAGUGAUUUAUUAGGAUUAUAAGGGGCUAGCUCUAACCAUGAGUUUCCCCAGCGGUGAACAUAGCCAAGAGAUAGCCAGCUACCUGUUAACGACUCUGGUAGCUCUUGGCAUCAUUGGGAAUAUCUUGCUGGCGUUAUGGAGGAGUUUCAGGGAACACAAGAUCCUUGUCAUGCCGCUAAAACUGGCGAACAUCUUCGGUGAUCUUUCAGAGGUGAUCACGGGGCUGGCGCUGCUACUGCUUCUCCUCGACCAAGAUCUUCCCGAGGACGGGAUUUGUAAGGGCGGCGGCUACCUCCUCAUGUUCUCGACCCUAAUCUCGUCCGGGACCUUACUAGUCACCAUAGUCGUUCUCUACCUCUGGCAGGUGGAGUUCAUCAUAGACAGAGGCUCCAAGCGCCUGAAAGGAAACAUAAAGAUGUGUACGAUCAUAACAGCGUCAGUGACAGGUGUUGUAUGGUUCCUGGGCCUUUUCUUCGGCUUCCUGCCUCUGAUCGCCCCAGACAUCGACACGGACUCUGCCUACUUCUACGACUGUAUCCCAAUCAGGCUACCAGGCCAAAACAGCUGGGUGUACUCCCUCAUCCUCAUCCUUCUAAUCUGUUUAACCCUCAUUGCCAGUUUUGGCAUUAUCAUUGCCUCCUUCCUCAAGAUACAGAAGCUGGAGAAGGAGUUCUCAGACAUUACAAUCUCGCAAUACAGAACACAGAAACGGAAAUCUCUAAUGAAACGGACAGUGAGGUUGGCUACUGUUGACGUGAUGCGGUGGAUUAUCAUCAUGUGCGGCGUGGUUGUCGCCUUUACUGGCGGCUCUUCCAUGGACCGGAUAACUCUCAAGUGGACCCUCGGAUACAUCCUGGCUGUAGGGAUAGCCGUCCAUGCCUUGCUACCUCUCAUCAUCUAUCUGAAGAACACGCCGAAUAAGAACUGUCUUACUAAUAAGGCGUUGGAUGUCGUCUUCCAGGAAGGCUUUGAGAUUCCUGAAUGCUUCCAGGAUGCUAAGAUUCUCUCCAGUUGGAACAAGAGGUCUGGCAUUCUCAAUCUCCUCACCUACUGGUACCACGACCGUCGUCACCUCGACGGUGUCAUGAAAGUCUUCCCUCUUCACCAGAAACAGAAAUGGGCCAGUGAGAUCAAGACAGCUGCCAAACUCUCCAAGGAGAGCCACACCAAUGUGGCGCAAUACCUCUGGGCGUCCAAGGAGAAUCGCCAUGAUGAGAUGCUCAGUCUCAUCACAGGAAUGCCGUUUGGUAAAUCUAGUCGCAUCAUCUGCCGCGCCCAUUGCGAGCUGGGCAGUCUCCGCCGCCUCCUGAUCGACGAUAUCCAACAGCUGACCGAAGGCAGCCUUCAUAGUAUCACCUUGGACGUGGCCAAUGGGUUGUCACAUCUCAAGUCCCUCGGUAUCCUGCACAACAAGCUCUCAGCCCACUGUAUCUACAUAACAGGGUCCUUUCAGAACAUGAUUAUGACGGGCGUGAUCGCUGACUUUGAGGAAUCCAAAGACGUCUUUCCCGCCAAGGUGAAGAUCAAGCCUCGCAGGAACGCACCCGCGGAAGAGGUCUCCGAAGUCUUCUCACUCUCCCAGCUGGCCAAUGUCGAUCAGAACCUCUUCGCGCCGGACAUAAGGUCUUUCGCCUUGGUGCUACUGGAGAUGGUCAUGUCGCUGUAUUACUUCAGGAUGCGGCCGGGGAAGCGAGAUACUGUGACAGCAUCACGGGUCUCUAUAACGAACUCUGUGUCUCCUAACUACCAAGGGAGUACGGCCUCCUUAAAAGCAAAAGCAUUAGGCGAGACGGGAAAAAACCCGUUAAAGGUCAAAAUGCCUUUAGAAAAAAGCCAAGACAUUUUCGAUGAGAAGAAUGCGAUCUUAGGCGACAUGAACGAGGACUAUUUCUCAUCUGAUGAGAGGAUUAGGAGGAGUAAGAAUCUCCAGAAACAUUUAGGCCUUGAAGCUGAUAAACAGGAAGCAUUUGAGAAUGAGUUGAAUCUGUCUCGUGAAGCUACCAGUAUCACUGGUUUAGGGUCGAAGUUCGCCCCGCUCAAGUUAGACUAUAGAGAUUUCGGGCCGAAGCCACGAAGGGAUCGGUCGAUUGGUGCGUAUUCUAGGCACAGUAUCAAGGAAGAGAAAGAAGAGCAUGUACCAGAAGAAACAUGGGACAGUACAGUUAACCGUGUGGACAAUCGAUUUUCACCAAGGGUGAUGUCAGCGGUUGAACUUUAUGAUAAGAAAGUAUCGCCAGUGGAGGACAAGAAGUUAAGGGUAGAGAUGCCGCCGCUGAAACCGGAUGGAGGAGAUUCGCAUGUGCUGGAAUAUUCGCCAAAUGUUUCGGAUUUUGAGGACGAUUCAAAACGACCGUCACGGAGUAUGCGGGUAGAUUUCCCUGAGGCAAAGUCGACGCCUUUAAGUGAUAGUUGUAGACUUCAGACUAAUGUCAAUCUUGAAGUCGAUAUCGACGGAGAGAUUGACUACGAUGUUGUGCCAUACGACGAGGAGGAACCGCCGCUUGGCGCAAGCGUACCGAUAGAGUUGACAGGCGCGCCAGACGAGAAGAUGUCUUUGGCGGGAGAGAACGUGCGCAGUCAUGGCUGCGAGAGUCGUUUAGAAUAUGUUCGUAGUAGCAGCCAAAGUAACCGAUCUGAUCAUUUGAGUGCGAAAUCGUUAUCCUUGGGCGAGGAUUCGAACAGUGUCAGGAGCCAAGGUUGUGAAAGUCGUCUAGAAUACGUGCGGCAUAGUAAAACUAUGAAGUCAGAUCGAUCCAGUUCUGCCGACAGUAAUAACCAAUCAAGUGUCAGAUCUGGCCGAGCGUGGUCUUCCGAUAGGAGUAGUUCUCGCUCCGACGGCUGUGAGAGUCGCUUGGCCCACUACGAUCGCGUCGAGGCUGUGGAGCGCCGUCUUGGGAGUUUUGAGGACUCGAGCAGUAGCAGGAGUAACAGUCAGUCUAGUCUCUAUGAUAGGUGGAGCAGAGGGAGUGAUGGUGUUGGUCACACGGAUCGUUGUCCCGCCGAGGGCAGAAUGGCCCACUACAACGAGGACGAGUCGGGCGACUCGGAUGAGGACCGAAGUCCAUUCGCCGAAGACAACGUCAAUGACGGUGCUUACCAGUUCACAACUGUCUCCACAAUGCAGGUGAACAUUGACGGGUGUGACGCUCAUCCUUGUACGCCAGAGCCGCCACUACCUGACGCAGCACGAGUGAUUUCAGUGGAUACGGGCGAGCCGGUCCUAUCGGAACAAGAACUUGAGAAACCGUCCAGCGCCGGUGUCAGGAUGGCGUGGGGUGGGAAGCUCCGGACAGCGCCCGAGAAAAUUGACCCUGUCAGUGUUUCUAAGCAAAAGAACGCUGCAUUCACUAAGGGAAUGAAAGACAGAAACAGCGGUUUGAGGCGAAGUUUAAGGGAUCGCUUGCUCCCGCAAAAGAUUCGGUUUCAAAAGAACAAAGUUCACACCAUAAAGUUUGCGAAUGGACCGACGGCGGCGUACGCGAAACAGAAAGCGAACAAACCAAUAAACUGGAAUGGGUCGAAUGGGUCUCAAAGACGGAGAAGUCAGCCGGCAGCCUCGGGGGAUAGGGGAAGUCAGAGAUGGUCUGAUAGUGACGGUGGAAGUAGACCAUCAACUGCCGGCAGCAGACCGUCUACUGCCCCGGAUGUUGAUAGCAUAGCGACCCCGGAGCCCGCGAUGGAACCAAGCAAAUCUAAUGUGUCGGUUCCGUGUCCCGAUUUAGUGAAUAACAUUUUCAAAAAGGAUGACGCGAGUGAAUACAGUUCUUCGCUUGAGAGUACGAACUCUUCUAUCGCGCUGAUAAACGCAGGGAGUGAUUCACCAACAUCUGAUGGAAAGAUAGCUCAGCCGAAUGUCGAGCACCUGUUGAGUGAGGACAGUGGGAUUGAAUCAAGUUACUAUGACGACAGUGCCACAGGGAGAAUCACUCGUAAGCGGCCGCUGACGGGAAAUUACGAGACUGUUACAGAGGAAUAUAUUCUAGGCGAUGAUAUUGAUAUUCCGAGCGCGGGUUCCUCUAAGAAUGACAGUGAGAAGAGUGAGACUGAUUCUGGAGAGGCAAAUCUGGAGAUGAGACCAAAGACAGACGACAAUCAUAAAAUCUUGCCACGAUAUUUUGACAACAACAAAUACCUUCUGAAGCAGACGAUGCCUUUGAAGGUCAUUCCAAAGUCAAAGCCAACAAAACAGGACACUGUUUCAUUCGAAACAUUCGAAUUAGUAAAGGCUGCGCCUAACCCUUCUUAUCACAACAAUGGCGCAGUUGGGGAAUCAAAUUUCGUUUCUCAGUCGUCAAGACUUGGGGAUGCGAGGUUUAACGACGACGACGCCAUCUAUCAGUCGAUUGGUAUAUCAUUGGACACGUGUGGUGACGGUGUAAUCAUGUUGGCAAAGCCGGACAUCCCGCCAAGAAAAUCUCAUCAGAAAAAAGGAUCGUCUGCUCAGAACAAAACUAGUCUCGCCCAGAUAGGUGGGAAUAAUGAUGUGCUUAUAUUAUGGGACUCUGAACAGGCAAUGCCACCAAGCGGUAGCAGAGAGACUGGUCAUACGAAAUCAAGUUCGUCGUCUGCGAAAUCUGUCGUCGUCUCAUCGACGAUGUCAACCACCCCAUCUUCAAGUGGCAUUCAGGAAUCUGUUCUACCAAAAAACAAUAUCAUCACUGUUGUGAAACCACGUACAAGCCAAAGAAUCCAGCCAUCGAAAAGCUUCAAGGAAUUAGGAAUACAAAAACCGAAUAAUCUUGAAGACGACUUAGUUGUGUGUGACUUAGAACAAACAGAUUUGAACGAGACGCCUGUCCCGUCUCCGGUCAGCUUCAAAUCCACCGCUUUCCAAAGGCCACAGAGAAGUACAUCACGUGAUACAUCUCGUGGGCGAGAUGUCAGCCUGCAAAGCCGCGGGUUGUCAUCACGAGCAGACGUUGUCAGCCAAACAUCUCGUAUAUACAAUGGUAGUUCCAUGGCUCACUGGAGCCGUCCGAACUCAAGUAUAUAUGGAGAUGAGUUCCAAGAGAGAUUAACCAAGGUUGCUCACAUGACUAAUCACGUGAACUACGGCAUUGGCAGCCAUCAAAUCUGCUACUGCAAGGAUCUCUCCAACGUGUUUGAUUUGUUGGACUUUGAUUCUUUCAUCAAUGGCGACGAGUCCAAGUCGGAGGCGAUCAUGGAGACGAUGUUCCGCUCGGGAAAGAUCGGAGUCAUCGGGAACUUGAUGUUCGCUAUGAUGCGAGUAUGUUGGUUCAUGGAACAGCCACCCACCGCAGAGGACAUCGCGGAGGAGUUGCAAUACGCCCUCACUUCAGCGCCACCUUUUGCCGUCGGCCACGUUUGAGCAGUUACAAGUGGCACUCACUAUGACACCGUCUGUUGGCAUACGAAGGACACAGUUGCAUCAGCCCAACCUUCUGCUAUCGGAUCCAUUUAGGUUCAGGACGCAGUUUAUAGUGCAAGAUUUUGUUGUGGGACACGUUGAGGACACGAUGUAUAUAAGUGCCACCUUUUGUUCUUGAAAACUUUAGGAGAAUCAAUCACAUUAGGAAUAUAUGUAGUUUCAAGGGCACUAUUAUUGUUAUGUUAAUUUGGGGGCAUUGUAGAAUGGACCUUCUUGACUUCAGGAAAUCUUCCGACGCAUUUUUAACCGUUUGUCUCAGCUUUGUAUUUUCUUGUGCCAAAUCAAAACGACCCCUCCGUUCUUCCUACCUCAUAGUUAAAUCUCUAAUGGAACAGAUAGUCUACUCGGUUGAUGGAACAGAUAGUCUACUCGGUUGAUGGAACAGAUAGUCUACUCGGUUGAUGGAACAGAUAGUCUACUCGGUUGAUGGAACAGAUAGUCUACUCGGUUGAUGGAACAGAUAGUCUACUCGGUUGAUGGAACAGAUAGUCUACUCGGUUGAUGGAACAGAUAGUCUACUCGGUUGAUGGAACAGAUAGUCUACUCGGUUGAUGGAACAGAUAGUCUACUCGGUUGAUGGAACAGAUAGUCUACUCGGUUGAUGGAACAGAUAGUCU